AUGGUGGAUUGCAGCGAUGUUUACAUCAGCUUCGACAGAAGUGAGGAUACGGUGCGGUACUCUUUUGUCAGCCACCUCUGCGCCGCUUUCCGCCGCAGAGGAAUAUCUUCGUUCAUCAGAGAAAACGGCUCCGAUUCGGAAAGCAAUGGAUUCUCCAAGUUGGAGACGUCUAGGGCUUCUGUAGUGGUUUUCUCUGAGAAAUACUCGUCAUCCAAGUCAUGCAUGGAGGAGCUGGUCAAGGUUUCCGAACGCCGGCGGAAAAACUGUCUCGCGGUGGUUCCGGUAUUUUACCCAGUCACGAAAUCGUUUAUGAAGAAACAAAUCUGGAAUUUGGGCGAUGUUAGAAGCGAUUGGCCAAGUGCUCUAUUGGAAACUGUAGACUUACCAGGCCACGAGUUAUACGAUACGCAAAGUGACUCUGACUUUGUGGAGGAGAUUGUGGCUGAUGUGCGUGAAAAGCUCAACAUGUCAGACAAUAUUGGAAUCUACUCAAAGUUGGGGAAGAUAGAAACAUUGAUUUACAAGCAACCGUGGGGUGUCCGCAGCAUAGGAAUAUGGGGAAUGCCCGGCAUAGGCAAGACAACUCUUGCUAAAGCUGCUUUUGACCAACUCUCUGGUGACUAUGAGGCUUCUUGUUUCAUCAAAGACUUUAACAAGGCGUUUCAUGAGAAGGGACUUUAUGGUUUGUUAGAGGCACACUUUGGGAAAAUUCUUAGGGAAGAGCUUGGCAUAAAAAGUUCGAUUACAAGACCGAUCCUCCUUAGAAAUGUUUUACGCCAUAAAAGAGUUCUUGUCGUUCUUGAUGAUGUGUGUAAGCCUCUAGAUGCAGAGUCCUUUCUUGGAGGGUUUGAUUGGUUUUGUCCGGGAAGCUUGAUCAUCAUAACUUCAAGAGAUAAACAAGUAUUUUCUAUAUGUCGGGUCGAUCAGAUAUAUGAGGUUCCAGGUUUAAAUGAGGAAGAGGCUCUGCAGCUAUUCUCGCGGUGUGCAUUCGGAAAGGAGAUUAUACAUGAGAGUUUGCAGAAACUAUCAAAGAAAGUGAUUGAUUAUGCUAAUGGAAAUCCUUUAGCUCUGAUUUUUUUUGGAUGUAUGUCAAGGAAGAAUCCUAAACCUAUAGAGAUUGCAUUCCCCAAAGUCAAGAAAUAUCUGGCACAUGAGAUUCAUGAUGCAGUCAAGAGUACAUAUGAUUCGCUUAGUUCCAACGAGAAGAACAUAUUUCUUGAUAUUGCGUGUCUUUUCAGAGGAGAAAAUGUCGACUGUGUAAUACAUCUGCUUGAGGGAUGUGGUUUCUUUCCACGUGUUGAAAUCAAUGUUCUUGUUGAGAAGUGUUUGGUGAGUAUGGCAGAAGGCAGGGUUGUGAUGCAUAAUUUGAUCCAAUCCAUAGGUCGCAAAAUUAUCAAUGGAGGAAAGAGGCGUUCCAGACUGUGGAAACCUUUGAUAAUUAAGUAUUUUCUAGAAGAUAGACAAGUUUUGGGUAGUGAAGAUAUUGAAGCCAUAUUUCUGGACCCAUCUGCCUUAAGCUUUGAUGUCAAUCCUAUGGCGUUUGAGAAUAUGUAUAAUCUUAGAUAUCUGAAGAUUUGCAGUUCCAAUCCUGGAAACCAUUAUGCUCUACACCUUCCCAAGGGCGUCAAAUCCCUACCGGAGGAGUUAAGGUUACUGCACUGGGAACAUUUUCCAUUGUUAUCCUUACCACAAGAUUUUAACACUAGAAAUCUUGUUAUACUCAACAUGUGUUACAGUAAACUUCAGAGACUUUGGGAAGGAACCAAGGAACUUGGGAUGCUGAAGAGGAUCAUGCUUUGUCAUUCACAACAGCUAGUUGGUAUUCAAGAACUCCAAAUUGCUCUAAAUAUGGAGGUAAUUGAUCUCCAAGGUUGUGCAAGACUACAAAGAUUUCUAGCAACAGGUCAUUUCCAGCAUCUUCGGGUGAUAAAUCUCUCUGGUUGCAUAAAGAUCAAAAGUUUCCCAGAGGUUCCACCUAAUAUUGAGGAGCUGUAUCUCAAACAAACUGGCAUAAGAUCAAUACCAACUGUGACCUUCUCUCCACAAGAUAACUCAUUUAUUUAUGAUCAUAAAGAUCACAAAUUCUUGAAUCGGGAGGUCUCGUCUGAUUCGCAAAGUCUGUCAAUCAUGGUUUAUCUAGACAACCUCAAAGUUCUUGAUCUUUCUCAAUGCUUAGAGCUUGAGGAUAUUCAGGGUAUACCAAAAAACCUAAGAAAGUUAUAUCUUGGUGGUACAGCCAUAAAAGAACUGCCUUCGCUCAUGCAUCUUUCUGAACUGGUUGUAUUAGAUUUGGAGAACUGCAAACGCCUUCACAAGUUACCAAUGGGAAUAGGUAACUUGAGUUCUCUUGCGGUGUUAAAUCUCUCUGGAUGCUCAGAACUUGAGGAUAUUCAAGGUAUCCCAAGAAACUUGGAAGAGUUAUAUCUUGCUGGCACCGCUAUACAGGAAGUGACAUCGUUAAUCAAGCAUCUCUCAGAACUUGUAGUUUUAGAUUUACAGAAUUGCAAAAGGCUUCAACAUCUUCCAAUGGAGAUUAGUAACUUAAAAUCUCUUGUCACACUUAAGCUAACGGAUCCAUCUGGGAUGUCCAUAAGAGAAGUAUCAACAUCAAUUAUCCAGAAUGGUAUAUCAGAAAUUGGCAUCAGUAAUUUGAAUUAUCUUCUCUUGACUUUCAAUGAGAAUGCAGAGCAGCGUAGAGAAUAUUUGCCUCGACCAAGGCUGCCAUCUUCAAGUUUACAUGGCUUGGUCCCAAGAUUUUAUGCCCUAGUAUCUUUAUCCCUCUUCAAUGCAUCCUUGAUGCAUAUACCGGAAGAGAUUUGUUCCUUGCCUUCAGUAGUGCUGUUGGAUCUUGGUCGGAAUGGUUUCAGCAAAAUCCCUGAAAGCAUAAAGCAGUUAUCUAAACUACAUAGCCUUAGAUUAAGACAUUGUAGAAACCUCAUAUUGCUUCCGGCGCUUCCCCAAAGCCUGAAACUGUUGAACGUGCAUGGUUGUGUGUCUCUAGAGUCAGUUUCUUGGGGAUUUGAGCAGUUUCCUAGUCAUUACACCUUCAGCGAUUGCUUCAAUAAGUCUCCAAAAGUGGCUAGAAAACGAGUUGUAAAAGGCCUGGCUAAAGUAGCAAGCAUUGGCAACGAACAUCAGCAGGAACUCAUCAAAGCACUUGCAUUCAGCAUUUGCGGGCCUGCAGGAGCAGAUCAGGCAACCUCUUAUAAUUUGCGGGCAGGUUCAUUUGCAACGAUAGAGAUAACUCCUUCCCUGCGAAAGACACUCUUGGGGUUUGCUAUCUUCGUUGUAGUAUCGUUUUCGGAUGAUAGUCACAACAACGCUGGGCUUGGCGUUAGGUGCGUAAGCAGAUGGAAGACAAAGAAAAGGGUGGUCACUGGUAAAGCAGAGAAAGUGUUUAGGUGUUGGGCUCCGAGAGAAGCUCCUGAGGUUCAAAGGGAUCACAUGUUUGUGUUUUAUGAGGAUGCCGAAAUGCAUCGAGGUGGUGGUGAGGGAAACAAACCAAAUAUAAUGGCUGAUCACGUUGAAUUUGAAUUCCAAGCAGUAAAUGGAAGAAACAAGGUCUUAGGCGGUAAUUGCAUGGUGACAGAAUGUGAUGUUUGUGUUAUAACAGCUGCAACUGGUGCGGCGAGUCUGAGUGUAACAAAUGCAAGUAAGGAUAUGAGUUUAAGUAAGAAUCAUUCUCCGAAGCUUUCAAGUGUGAUUGGUAAGCUUCGAUUUAAGCGAGUUGGUAGGUUUGGUGGUUGUGUUUGCCUAGAGUGAAGAAAAGUUAAGAGUGGGAACUGGGAAGAGUGUAUGUAUGUGACUCGUCUCAUGCGUGCCCAAAUGCGAAGUAGCAGAAACAUGUAUGUUUGAAAUGUAAUUUUUAUUAUUUAAAAUUGGC